AUGACGACGGAGACGCCUACGAUCAAGAGCCUGGCCGCAGUGCGAGUGCUGUCGCUGCGGUCUGUUCUCCCAAACUACCGAGCGCAAGGAGGUCUCUGGGAGAAGAUCUUUGGGUUUGCCAAAACUCAUCACGUCGUGGUCACUGGAGCAACAUUUGCCAUCAAUUACACUAAAGACGACAGACAAACCGACGUGGAGGUGGAAGUCUGUCUCCCCAUAGCGGACGACGCUCAAAUCCCGGAAGAAGCGCCUUUCAGCGUUCGCGAGGUGCCUGCAGUGGAUCAAGCUGCUGUCAUGGUGUACACUGGACCGUGUGAGGGGUACAUGUCCGCGUACCAGACGUUUUUCGGUUGGAUCCACUCCGAGAAGCUCACACCUGCUGGACCUUCACGUGAGGUAUACGUGAAGAGAUCGACUGGCAACGAAGAGGAAGACCAGGACAGCGUGACGGAAAUCCAACUGCCUGUUGCCUAA